CAAUCAGGUGCGCAGCCAAGGUAGAGGGGGCGGUGUCCUGGAGCUGGCGGGGCCUUUGUCUCGCUCCAGCUAGAGCUCAGGGUCCAUCUUCAUUGCUUAGUAUCCUUUGCGCUAGGAGGUCUCGGUGACUGUGUCGCAGCCUCUGUCACCCUCUGACCUGCAGAUGCUAUGAGAUCCAGAGCUAAGACUCCAGGACAUCCCGGAAGCCGAAAAAUGGAGCUGUUGACAUUCAGGGAUGUGACCAUAGAAUUCUCUUUGGAGGAGUGGGAGUUUCUGAAACCUGCUCAGCAGAAUUUGUAUAGGAAAGUGAUGCUAGAGAACUACAGAAACCUGGUCUCUCUGGGUCUGACUGUUUCUAAGCCAGAACUGAUUAGCUGUCUGGAGCAAAGACAGGAGCCCUGGAAUGUGAAGAGACAUGAGACCAUAGCUAAACCCUCAGCUGUGUCUUCUCAUUACACUGAAGACUUUUUGCCAGAACAGGGCAUGAAGGAUUCAUUCCAAAAGGUGAUACUGAGAAGAUAUGGAAGCUGUGGACUUGAGGAUUUACACUUAAGGAAAGAUGGGGAAAAUGUGGGUGAGUGUAAGGAUCAAAAAGAAAUUUAUAAUGGACUUAACCAGUGUUUGUCAACUCUACCUAGCAAAAUUUUCCCAUAUAAUAAAUGUGUGAAAGUCUUUAGUAAAUCAUCAAAUCUAAACAGACAAAGCAUAAGACAUACUACAGAGAAACUUUUCAAAUGUGUACAAUGUGGCAAAGUCUUUAAAUCUCACUCAGGCCUUUCUUAUCAUAAGAUAAUUCAUACUGAAGAGAAACUCUACAUAUGUGAGGAAUGUGGUAAAACCUUUAAAUGGUUCUCAUACCUUAUUAAACAUAAGAGGAUUCACACUGGAGAGAAACCAUACAAAUGUGAAGAAUGUGGCAAAGCUUUUAACUGGUGCUCGACCCUUACUAAACAUAAGAGAAUCCAUACUGGUGAGAAACCCUACAAAUGUGAAGAAUGUGGAAAAGCCUUUCACUGGUGUUCGCCCUUUGUUAGACAUAAGAAAAUUCAUACUGGAGAAAAACCCUAUACAUGUGAAGAAUGUGGCAGAGCGUUUAACCGGCACUCACAUCUCACCAAACAUAAGACGAUUCACACUGGAAAGAAACCCUACAAAUGUAAAGAAUGUGGGAAAGCCUUCAACCACUGCUCCCUACUUACUAUACAUGAGAGAACCCACACGGGAGAGAAACCCUAUAAAUGUGAAGAAUGUGGCAAAGCUUUUAACUCAUCAUCAAUUCUUACUGAACAUAAGGUAAUUCACAGCGGAGAGAAACCCUACAAAUGUGAAAAAUGCGACAAAGUCUUUAAGAGGUUCUCAUACCUUACUAAACACAAGAGAAUUCACACUGGAGAGAAACCCUACAAAUGUGAAGAAUGUGGCAAAGCUUUUAACUGGUCCUCAAUCCUUACUGAACAUAAGAGAAUUCAUACUGGAGAGAAACCCUACAACUGUGAAGAAUGUGGCAAAGCCUUUAAUCGGUGCUCACACCUUACCAGACAUAAGAAAAUUCAUACUGCCAUCAAACGCUAUAAAUGUGAAGAAUGUGGCAAAGCUUUUAAACGAUGCUCACAUCUUAAUGAACAUAAGAGAGUUCAAAGAAGAGAGAAAUCCUGCAAGUAUAAAAAAUGUGGGGAAGCUUUUACUCACUGCUCAAACCUUACUACUUAAGAAUUUUUGCUAUCGAGAAAUCCUACAAAUGUAAGGAAUAUGGCAAAGUCCUUAAAUCUUGCUCAAGCCAUUGAAGUCACAAGAUAAUUCAUACUGGAGAGAAACACUACAAAUGUGAAGAAUGUGGGAAAGUCUUCAACCAUUGCUCACACUUUAUUGCACAUAAGAAAAUUCAUACUGAGAAAAAUUCUGAUUUUAAAGAAUGUGGCAGAGUGUUUAAUAACUGCUAUGAGCUUACUCAUGAGAGGUUUUAUGCUAGAUAAAAGCAAUAAAAGUGUAAUGAUACACAUUACAUUUAUCUGUGGAAAGAAGUCACCAAAUAAAAGCCUUCGAGUGCACAAGGUGUAAUGAUAGUGAUACAUUUGUACGUGGAAAGGCUUCAAAAAUAUAAGCCUUAGAGUAACACAAGAGUUUUUAUCCUGAAGAAAAACAUUACAAAUAUAAAGAUUGGUGCAAUACUUUUACUUAUGUUACAGAUUUUGUUGUACAUGGGAGAAUUUAUGCUGAAGGGUAACCCUCUAACACUUGCUCAAAUUUUAUUCAAUUUUAGAGAAUUUAUAUUGGAAAGAAACCCUACAACUGUAAUGAAUAUGAAAAAAAUGUUUUAAAAGUACACCUUAGAAAAUGCUAGAGAGUUUAUAUGAAAGCAUUUAACAGAUGCAAUAAAUAUAAAAAAUUAAUCAAAAAUCAAGUCUGAAUGAACAUCAGAAGAUUCACAGUAGAAACCACUAAGAUGCUAACACUUUCAAUGUUAUUCUAAAUCAGGGUAUUGAUUACAAAGAAUAAUUCAAAGUUAACAUAAUUUAGUUAGGCUAAACAGGAAUAAGAGACUAAUAUUUUAGAACUUACAAUUGUAUUCAAAGUACACUGUUUUUUGCAUUGAAAGAGUUUUAGAUUUUUACAAAGGCAAAUUUUGAUGUAAUUCAACUCUCAAAUUACUUGAUGCUGUGUCUUUAUUCAUAGUGUCUGUGUAAAAGCAUGUGGUCAAUUUCUGCUGCUCGGAGCUUUGAGAGGUUCUAUAUUAGGAUAUCAUUUAUAUGCUUUUCAACAGAACAUUGAGGACACUGAAAUGUGAGGUGUGUGAAGAAAGUCUACACAGAGAAGCUUUUGUGGUUGACUUAUAAAACUGUUGUAAGUGCUGCAUGAGAUAGAUGUUCAGAGUAAUAGUCUUGUGUGUUAUUCAAAUUUUAGUAAAUUGUUUUACUGAUUGUACAUUCAUAUAGUGGAUUUUGUAAUGCUUUUCUUAGACUGUGUGAACUUCAUUUGUUUUAAUAAAACGAAAUUGUUUUAAUGUGUUAA